CAAAAACCCCUAAAAAUUUGUCGGUUCAUGUGCCAAACAUCCUGUAUACACUGCCUUAUUGUUAGUGACUGUAGAGUGUAUAGAUACAUUUUUGGAACAUUGGAUUGUACUCGCCUGUACACUACUGUCCACACUUCGCCUGUCGCUUGGCACUUGUCGCUUGGCACUUUUUGUCGUUUAGUUCGAGCGGUAUUUAAAGUAUGAAUGGGGUGUAGUGUUAUCGUGGUCGGCGUUUCUGAUGGACGUGCGUGUUGUUUAAUUGUUUGUAAUAACUGCGUGAAAAACAAUGAAGAUGAAAAUUGCCGUGGUUUGUGCAGCUCUCUCCUUGCUGGCCCAGCACACGACAGCAAACACCACCGACGUCACCGAGAUCAUCGACGUCGCUCCGGAGGACAUUCACAGCUCCCCCGAGUACUGCGCCACCUGCGUCAAGCUCGAUUCCCUCUGCUACAACCGCUCCUACCUCUUCGAGCUCACCGCCAACUUCAGAACACAUAUCGUCGUCAAGAAAAUGGGCAUCCUAAGAUCUAACAACGUUCUAUACUACAGUUUCGAGCCGAAACUUGAAGAUCCUGAGUACUUCAAAGUUGCAUACGUCUCUCUAGACACACCAGAUUUGGUUAAUAGUACCAUCAAUGACGGGAACACACAUUUGACUUUUAAUUUCUCAGUCUUUGAUUUCAAUCAGAAUGAAAAUAAAUUAUAUCUUGGUGGCUCUGAUGGUAUAUGGUCACUUGCAAACGCUAACACCGAUCGACCUGUUCUAAGAUUUUUUGCUGCUAAAGGUCAUAAAAUUACUGAUCUUGUUUCAAAGGAUUAUGUUUAUUUUACAGAGACAGAUACUCAAGGGAUAAUUAAAGAUAAGAAUGGUGACUUCUUCAGAAAACUAGAGAAUAAAACCAUAGAGAGUUUUGUUUUAGAUAAAGAUGUCGAGUAUACGGUGGUUUAUUUACAUUCUACUGGGUUAUAUGCUUUCAAUAGCAAGACUAAUGAAGAUGUUAGGUUGUCGACUAAUCGUUUCUUCAGAGGGCUAACAGUAGACUUGGAAGGGAUAGUAUAUGCGUGGUAUAUAGAUGGGAUAUAUAAAGUAAUUCUAGACAGUGUUUUGGCACACUCGACAGUAGUAAGAGUUUCUGACAUAGAAGUAGGUGCUAUGACGUUUGAUAACUCUAAUAAUAUAAUUUAUUCAAAUGGAAAGUCUUUGUAUAGGUUGACUAAAACAGAUACUACCAAAUGUUAGUUAUCCUUUGAUAUAGUAUAAUCAUAAAACUUAAUAAAUUAGUACAAAGAAGUCGGAACCUAGUUCUCUCCCACUUUCUAUUAAUGUAAAGAAACAGCACAAAGGAGUUAAUAAGUUCUAAUAUUAUAUUAUACAACCUGUUUUUAUUGAAUUCCGUUAACUUUAAGGGAUGGUUCUUUGGAUCAAAUACAAUUAAUUUCUCUAAGAAACUAGCGUCUUAACUCUUACAA